AUGCUCGCUGCCAAGCUCUCCACCCGCGCAGUUAUGAGCGCCUCCCGCUCAAACGCUAUCCGACCCAUGACUCGUGGACUCGCGACCCCAGCCUCCGAUCUCCAUUCGAAGCAGGUCCUUGACGCCAUCAAGAAUCGCCGAACACACUAUGCUAUCAAGCCCGAGUCUCCCAUCUCAGACCAAGAGCUGGCCACCAUCGUGGGCGAAGCGGUCACACAUGUGCCCACUGCAUUCAACAUGCAGUCCUCGCGUGCGGCCCUCAUCCUCGGCGACAAGAACAAGCAACUGUGGGACGCGCUCUGGAAGUCGAACAGCGAGAGUAUUCCUGAACAGUUCCGGGCGGACGCGCGCAAGAAGUGGGACUCGGCAUACUUCCCCUCUUACGGCACGGUCGUCUUCUUCGAGGACGAGGCCGUCGUGGCCGACUGGGUGUCCAAGAUGCCCGACUUCAGCAAGCUGUUCCCCGAGUGGAGUGCGAACGGAACGGGAAUGCUUCAGAUGACGGUCUGGGCUGCUCUGUCCAACCACGGUCUGGGCGCAAGCUUGCAACACUUCCCUCAGAUGAAGGAGGCCAACGCGGUUGCCUUGAGGGAGGUGCUUGGUACGCCCGAGAACUGGGUCUCGACCGCGGUCAUGCCGUUUGGCAAAGCUGUGGCAGCGCCAGCUGAAAGGUCAUACCUGCCACUUGAGGACAGGUUCCAGGUCAUUGCUUAG